AGACGAAUUUAUGACGUCAUUUUACGCGUGCGCAUACUCUAAUGAAAAAAUGGCUGAAGAGUUCGUGUUCGACCCAAAUAGGAAUUAUGAUGAAGCCACUAUGGCACAGUUGCGAGAGAUGGAGAAAGAGAUAGCAGAUAAUCAGAAACUUAUCAGCAGCAGAAUCAGUUUUGAUGCACUAAGUGAGGAGUAUGCGAAAGAAGAUGAAAUCUACAGAACAAAAAUACAACAGGAUCUAAAAAACAGGUACCAGUAUGUGCGGAAGACAAGAGGUGAUGGAAAUUGUUUCUUUAGAGCAUUUGGGUUUGCUUAUCUUGAGAAACUUCUCAUUGAUAGAACAGACAUAGACAGAUUUAGAGACGUUGCUAAACAAAGUAAAAAUGAGCUGGUCACGCUUGGAUUCCCGGAAUUUACCAUAGAAGAUUUCCAUGAAACAUUUAUGGAGGUUGUUAGUAAAGUGGAAAACCAUUGUUCACUGGAUGAGUUAUUGGAAACGUUUAAUGACCAAGGCCGUUCAGACUACAUUGUUGUGUAUUUGAGAUUAUUGGUGUCUGGAUACCUACAAAAGGAAGCAGAUUUCUUUGGUAGUUUCCUUGAAGGGGGCAGAACCAUGAAAGAAUUCUGUAACCAGGAAGUGGAACCAAUGGGUAAAGAGUCGGACCACAUUCACAUCAUAGCUCUGACAUCGAGUCUUGGAGUUCCUGUGAGAGUUGAGUACAUGGAUAGAGCAGGAACGGAGAAGUGUAAUCACCAUGAUUUUCCUGAAGAUUCCACACCAUUGAUAACACUGCUGUAUCGUCCUGGACACUAUGAUAUACUCUACUCCUGAUGUUUACCAUCGUCAAGUCUCACUGCAUAUGUGUCGUUAUUUAAAGCUCUAAAGCAUAGACAGAGUGGUUAAGAUUUAAUGUAUAAAAGUUUGUGUUGUGUUAGAGCAGUAAGGAAUAGUAUAUCUAUAUAUGUGUGACCUUGAUAGCCUUCUAAAGGAGAAUACAAUAACAUGUAAACAGAUAUUAGUGUAUAACUUUCAGUUUGCCAGUAAGUAUACAAAAUUUAUUGAAAGGUCACAGGUUGUUACCAGUUUUUGUGUAGUCACAUUACAUGUUUAUUAUAAACAGCAGUUUAAGUACACACAAACUUUUAAAGUACUUAUCUCAGUGCUAAAGUCUGAAUUCAUAACUUAGUCCUGUAAAAUAUUGCUACUUGCUGGACUGUGUCAAUAGAAAUAUAAAGUUUACUAGACAUUAAAUGUCUUGCAUUCAUGUAUCAUCUGUUAGAAAAGUAAAUAUGCAUUUUUCGAACUGUUGAGAGAAACCUCUGUUCAAGUUAGGAUUGGUGAAAAUAGUGACUUGCAAUGUUAUUUACUUUGAGCAAGGAACUUGGGUUAGGGUUAGGGUUAGGAUUUUUCAAAGUCAAAACAACAAAUAUUUGAAAGUUGAAAUUUCAGUACAUUGUGCAUGUAUAAGCUGUUGCUGUCUGAGGAUGUAGAAAAUCACAUUGUAGGUAGGAGUUAUUCAGUGAGUACUGAUUAUUAAUAGUAUCUCUUUAGGACGAAUCCGUCUUUUAUAAUACACUUCUUUGAAUUCAAGGUCAGCGACAGCAAAGUGCUUAUGAUAUCAACAUUGAAAACCCUUUUCCUUUCUGUUUGGGGUAUUACCAGCACUUGUUUCUGAAAAAAAAACAUCCAGUUUGCUUGCAGGUUUUGUUGACUCUGUCCUUCAGCCAGCACAGUGCUGUUUUCAGAGGCACCAGUACUGAGCUUUAUAGAACAAACCUUUUUUAUACAUCCACGGAAUGGGCUAUAUUAUGGAAAUAUCCGUGGCGGCAGGCGGCCACAAAAUUUAUUUUCACAGACAUAUGCAGAGUUUGUAUCCAGUGUUCACCAAACUUUGUCACAAAGUUUAUGUGCAUAAUAUACUGACCAAGAUUAAUAAUCAGGUGCAUCCUUCAAAACUCACAUGAGUUAAAGCCCUUACUAAAAAUUGUGAAAAUGAUAUAAUGUUCUUUCUUUGUAAUGAAGUAAUGCUCUGUCUUUUACUAGUAUAAUUGUUUUUCUUUGUAAUGACAAAACAGUCUUUCUAUGUAGUGACAUGAUGGUCUUUCUUUCUAAUGACUUUCUUUGUAAUUAUGUAACGGUCUCUCUUUGAAAUAAUAUUCUGGUCUUUCUUUUUAUUUUAAUGAUGUAAUUGUCUUUUAUUGUAAUUAUAGAAUGGUCAUUUUGUAAUGACAUAAUGGUCUUUGUUUUAAUGUAAUGUUCGAUGGUUGCAAUGUCAUAAUGGUCUUUCAUAUUAAUGAAGUAAUGGUCUAAGACUUUCUUUUUAGUGAUGUGUUGGACUUCCUUUGUUAUAAUGUAAUGGUCAUUCAUUUUUAUGCCAUAAUGGUCUUUCUUUGUAAUGACGUAAUUGGCCUUCUUUGUAAAUUGGUAAAAUAUUGAAUGAUUCAGAAAGCAGCAACGUGUUUUUGUUCAAAUUAUAGGGUUAAAGUGAAAUUUCAGUUUUCUAUACCAGAUUUAUAUGGAAUGAAAGGUAUGUAUGGUAAUACAUGUGUGUUCAUCAGUAAAUCACUUAAAGUUCAUGUGACAUUACAGCAGUGUUCCUAAAUCAUUGUCUCAAUCAUUUGUUUUGUCAGAAAACUUGACUUUGUUAGAAGCAAAGUGUAUAGAUGAUGCAGGUCAACUUUCAUAACUGUUUGCAUGUAUUUAAUGCUUACAUUGUAUCUCGCUUUGUUUAAUAAAGAUGUGAAGAAAAAAAAAACAGAAGAAAAAUGUCUAUUUACAUCAAUAAAGUUUACUGUAUUAUUA